CCGAGGUAUCUCAGCGGCGACUUCCGGCGAGUUAUCAUGGCAGGCAGGACCUUGUACCGACUGAACGGUGUUGCGCAUAUUGCCGGUUCUAUUGGUGACGAGCCCACUAGGUGUAUAUACAGUGUGAGACGACAACAGAAUAUGCCCAUGCAUGAAAGGAUCAUCCCGUAUUUAAAGAGGGCUGGAUUGUACCAUUUGGCCAGGCUAAACAGCCAAUGGUUCUGGUUGGAUGAGCCAUUGGUUAGUGCGUUCGUUGAGAGGUGGCAUCCUGAGACGCACACGUUCCAUAUGCCUUUCGGAGAGUGCACAGUGACAUUGCAAGACGUGGCAUUUCAGCUAGGGCUGCCUGUGGAUGGGCAUUUCGAGACCGCAGCUUACCAGCCACAUAUGACGGAGAUGCAUUCCCAGCCACCUGAUUAUUAGGGUCAGUAUGUGGUGGAUCUUAACGAGUCUGCAGGUAGCCCAUUGGAUACUUGGUUCACCAUGGGGGGCACCCCCAGUCCGCGAUUGGGUUAGACCAUCCAGUUGAUGACAUUGGAUAGGAGGCGGCCCGACCGACUCGAGUCAGGCAUCCCGCUCGAUGUGGGACAGGAUCUCAUCUCCUUGGUGACUUUCAUGAUGCAGCCCGAGA